AGAAACGAUGGAUUUUGGUCUGCGGUGCUAAGUGGCUCACCGCAAACAUUUUUUACCAUAUACACAGCUGUUCUACUCUUCCUUACCCAACGGCUUGCGAUUUCGAGAACACUUAUGCGCCGUGUAAAACUGACUACUAUUCACGACAUCUCUGGUGCAUGGGCUGGCCUCGGUUCUGCACUCAGUAGCGUCUAGCGACAAACUGAUGUCCCUGCCUCGUGGUGGACGACUCCCGCUGUGGCAACCUACCUUGCGAGCAUAACCGUGUUGCAUGUCACCUCUUCCACUCUCCUACAAUUUCAAACCUUUAAUGCUUCUAUGACGACUUCCAUGCCAACAACACUAGGGUGGCUAGACGAUUCAUUGUACGGCUCUUUCGCGAACCUGGGACUCAUUAUCCCAUCCCUACCAGUUGUUAAUCGUUUAAUUGGACUGGUAUCUACAGGAUUAUCCAACACCACUAUGACACCCUGAAAAUAAGUUCUGUAGCAGGAAAUGCGACUGUGAAUGCAACGACGGUAACCUCGCGUUACGGAUUGAUUCUAAAUGUGACAUACUCUGCGAAUACCAGUACG